CCUGCGAUCUCUCAGGUAACCCAGAAUUCCUGAAUCUGAAGCCUUUUCUUCUUGUCCGAUCCAUAUUUAGAAUCUCCAUACCCUUGUUUUCGUUUGUAUUUGCAGGUAACAGAAGAAGAAGAAGAACUAGAAACAGGGGAAAAUGGUGAAUAUACGGGUAGUGAAACCUGAAGGGAAAAAGGAAGGAGGAGGAGAGAUCGGCGAAAUCGACACAAGGGCUCCUUUCCAAUCCGUCAAGGCCGCCGUCAGCCUCUUCGGCGAGGUCGCCGUCAAAGCCAGACCUUCCUUCAAAAAAACCAACUCCAGGCUUUCUUCUUCCUCUUCCGAGAAUGUGCUCGACAAGGAGACCCAGCUCCUCCUCUGCCGACGAGAAUUCGAGAAGUACCGCCACAAGCUCGAAUCCGCCGAAACCGCCAAAGCUCGAACCAAUGCCGAGCUCGAUCGCGCCAAGCGAACCCUCGAAGACCUCCGCACCAAGCUCAACUCCAUCAACCAAUCGAAAGUCUCCACCUUGGAAGCCGCGGAGGCCGUCAAGCAGCGCGCCAAAACCCUCGAGGUCGCCAAAUCGCAGAAGGACAUGGGGCAAUCACAGAGGAUGCAGGACCUUCUAGAAGCCAGAGAGAGAUACGCCGUCACUUCCGAACAGCUCAAUUCCGCCAAGCAGCAGCUGAACAAGAUCAGACAAGACUUCGACGCCACGUUAGAGGCCAAAUGGGCUGCUUUCCAGCAGGCUGCCGAGGCCCAGCGAUCGGCCAACAUGAACGCGGAGCGAGCCGCCGAGCUGUCCAAGGAGAUUCAGGCGAUGCGGGAGUCAGGGCAGCAUUUGAAGGUUGCCGCGGUGGAAGCUCAGGAGAGGCAACAGCAAUGUCUGGCGGAGAAGAGUCGGCAUGUGGAAGCUUAUAAAGCUGCCAAGGAGGAAGUUGAGAUGCAUGUUGAGCAGUUGAAGAAGGAGUUCGAUCCGGAGCUUGUUCUUGUUCUUGAUGAGAGGCUUCGAGAGACGACAGCCGAGAUUGAGGAUCUUCAGGGGAGGAUGAAGAAGGCUCAUGCUUCGGAGAUGGAUUCUGUGAAGGGGAUUACUACGGAGCUCAAUCAGGCCACGAGGACGUUGCAGGAGAUUGCGGAGGAAGAGAGCAAUCUGCGCGUGAGAGUGAACGAUAUAAGAAUGGAGCUCGAGAAUGUGAAGGCGGAGAAGGCUCGACUGAUGGAGAAAGAAGCAGAAAGGGAGGAGCUGGAAGCAGAGGAGAAGCUAGCCGUGAAGAAGCUGAUGUCAGAAGCCGAAGCAGCGAGAAGAGAAGCCGAGGAGCUCCAGAGAACCGCAUGGGAGCAGAAGGAGCAAGCCGAUUACACUAGAGCCAUGGCGAAGCAAGCCGAGGAGAAGCUUCUGGUCUGCACUGCAGAGAUUGAGGUGGCGAAAGCUGCUGCAUUGAGAGCUCACACCGAGAUGAAAAAGAUGUCCGAGUCGAAAACCAACGACGAGAUUUCCUCCAACGACAACAGCAACAAGAAGAUGCGGAUUUCGAUGACCGAGUAUCAGGCGCUGCAGAAGAAGCUGGCAGAGAGCUCUGCGAUGGCAGAAAAAACUGUGGCAGAGACAAUGAGCCAGCUGGAAUCUCUGAAUGCGAAAUCGGGAGAACAGGCGAGGAAGCUGGAGGCGAACCGGAAGGCAAUUGAGGAGAUUAAGGAAGCUACGGACAUUGCUCUGCGGUCUGCUGAGGAGGCCGGGGCUGCAAAACUUGCUGUGGAGGCUGAACUGAAGAAGUUGCGAGAACAGCGGACUUCUGCAUGAGCUUAAGGAAGAAGAACAAGAAGAACUACAACUGACCUUGCUUCCCAAGCUUCUGGAAAGGUUGAAGAAGAAGCCAUCAGGAUUCAGGAAGAGGUUUUUUAAUUUGUUGUUUUUCUUAUAUACAUUGCCAUUCUCCUCUGUAAAUGUAGUGUAAACCUGUGUUCAUGUAAAUUUCUCAAACCUGUAUUGGUAGGAACAGGAACAAAAUAAAACUCCCAUUUGAUUGACAAAAAAUUUAGAUAAAGGUC